CCCUCGGUUCCUUCCCUCCAGCACAGUCCAGGAGCCCAGUCUCCCUGGGCCGCCUUCCUCCGCCUCCUUCCCCAGGCUUCCUCAUCCCCAGCUGGCCUGGAUCUCUGAGCGCCUCGGCCCAGCAUCCCCUGCCUGUGUUAGGGAGCCUUCUCCAUAUUCCCUCUUCCCUCUGAUCUCCCUUCUGGUUUCCAUGGGGCAGAGCUUCUCCUGAAAGCCCCACUUUCUUGGAGGUUCUUCACCCCGCCCCCCCAGUCCUUCCCUUGUGUCUCCCCCACGCCUUCCUUUCUUCCCACCAGGGCCCCGAAGGGGCAGAGAUAAGCCCCAUACUCUGCCUUGGGUCUUUGAGAGAGAAGUCCCAGCCCUGUGGGUGUCAGAGGCCAGUGCCCUGCUCAUUACCUCAUCUCCUUUCAUCUCCUUUUUUAGAUGUGGGGCCCUAGUGGACCCCCAUUUCCCCCUGAAAGGCCCCAAGGAGUCCCUGGCUGCAGAAUGAGCCCAGUCGGUUCCAGUGACAGAAAACGGAGGCGAAAUCACACCAAUACGCUUCAAGAGCUAGCCAUGCUUCUGCCUAUCCCCCUGCAGACCAGCAGCAAAAAACUCACCAAGAAGGAGAUCCUCCUCCACGUCUUGCACUACAUAGAGCACCUCCAGCGAAGCAUCGAUGUGGCCAAGUCUCUUCUCUUAUUCCAGCCCACAGACAAAGAAGAUCGAAGGGCUCAUCUAUGCCUGCCCCUGGGAAGAAGCCCCUCCCAGCCGGGGAAGCAGCCUCUGGAGGAAUCGGCCCCAAACAGAAGCAGAGGAGCAGCUGUGGGGGGAGUCGCUCUCGUCAGGAGACACCCCACUCCUUGCCAUCACUUGGAGUCUUGGUUGCCCCCCUCUCAUGGCGGAGCUGAGCUCACCCUUCUGGAAAUGGCUGAAGGCGGGGUUCACUUCUGCUUAGCAACCUGCUGUGGAGAAGCCAGUGCCCAGGAAGAGCGUCCCCGCCCCCCCUGCGAGACCCCGAAGGCAGCCGGCGAUGAGUGGCUGCCACCUCAGCCCUGGAGUAAGCCUCUUCCCAGAGCAGGGGAGCAGCGUGCCCGGGGCCCAGAGCCCCAGAAAGGGCAGGAUCUCAAUCGGGCUGCGGUUUCUACCCUUUCCAGUCCUCAGCCUGCGCUUUUUGCUGGGGAGAGGGCAGCCGCAGAAGGCCCUUCCACCGAAAGCCCUGAAGAUGGGGAUCAGGUCCUGGUGACCGAGUUCUGGCUGCCAGUUCUCGUGUGGCAGGGGGUCAGGCCCUCACCGGCCAUCCUAACCCCCGCAUCUGGGCGCUUCCCAGACCUACAAGUGUGGCGGGCUCAGAUCCCUCCAACCUGCAGGCAGGAGCUGGUGUUCUAUGACUCCUGUGAGGAGGAGGAAGAGGAGGAGGCAGUGGACACGGGGCCUUGGCUCUCAGCCUGGCCCCCCGAGGGCAGCCCCCAGGGGAGCCCCUUGGUGGAUUCUCCCAGGACGAGGAGCUGGCCUGGAGCUGGCCGACCUGGCGAGGAGCUCGGUCUCAGCCCCUCACUCUUCACCUCUCCGGGCCGACUGCUGCCCGGGAAGCUGCUUCAGGAGGGCGCCGAGAGCCUUACCCAAGGUGACGUCCCAGUACCGAUGCUGCGGGCUGGGGGCCAGGAGGCCUUCGGGGGGCUUCCUGACCCCUGCCUCUCUCUACUCACAGCUCUCUUUGAAGACGUGUGCCUGAGCCCGCAGUCCUCCGCUUGCUUGGACAGCCUGGCCGGCACCCCGCAGAAGAAGGACCCAGCCCCCUCGGCCCCUGCGGGCCCUCCCCACUCCCUCGACCUCUUCCAGUCGGCGUUCUCCCUUGACCACUGCUACCUCUCCCUGAGCGAGACCAGCAAGACUGACUCCAGCCCCAGCUCCGGGGUGACCGAGCUCGUGUCCCUGUGGAACAGACGGCAGGAGGCCUCCCAGCCCACCCCAGACGGCUUCCUGUCCUCCAGCGACGAGGACAGCGACUGCACCUGGACCCCCACCAAGCGGGCCUCGCCCCUGCCCACCUUCGGGAGGAAGCGGAAGCGGAGCCGCGCCAGCGGCAGCAGCAGCAGCAGCAGCGGCUCCGGGAGGCACAAGGAGAGCAAGAAGGCGCACUGCCCUUUCCAGCUGAAGAAGAAGUGCGUCAACGGCUUCAUCAUGUUCUGCCGGCUCAACCGCAAGCAGUACAUCCGAGCCUGCCCUGGCACUGCAUCCACCGCGGCCACCAAAGAGCUGGCACACUUGUGGCGGGUGAUGACCAAGCAGGAGAGGAGGCCCUACUGCAUCAAGGCCCGGAAGUUCAGCCGCCAGCACAACCGGAUUGUCCGGCAGGACUGUUCCAGCGAGGAGGACGACCGUUUGUCCCCUAAGCCAUUCCACUUGCUGCUGGCCGAGAAGGCCCUGUGCUGCCCAGGCCUGGCCUGCAUGGGAUCCCCCCUGGGGGACCCCCUCCCUGACAGCCUGGAGUCUGUGUGAGGCAGGGCCCGCCCCCCCCCACUCUGACCUCGGCAGGGCCAAUGGGGGGGCACGCAGCUCUCCCCUCUUCCUGGGCCUCCCCCUGCCCGUCUGCUGGGGAGUUGUUGGCCUCUGAGCCCAUGGGUGGGGGAGGGCAGAGGGUGCCCUGGGCCAGAGGGCAGCAAAGUCAGCCCCCCUUUCCUCAGUCUGACCCUCGGGGAUCAAAUGUUGAAAACCCAAUUGUGCUCUCGCUCCCCUCCCCCGCCCCAGUUAUAUUUAUAGAUUAUCGGCUGUUCUCAAAAUAAAAUCACUCUUGUUCUUGGACUUUCCCUGGAGGAUGCUGGGUCAUUCUGGCGUGGCGAGGGACAAGAGCUGCCCCUGAUCCGGGCACCCCCCCAGGCUCCAUGGGAGGGCCCUCCAGCCCCGGGGGUCAG